CAGCUUUAAUGGGAUUACAAAUGUCCCAUUUUAUUACUUCAGGAAUUACACAAUGCUUACAACACUGGUGUCACAAGAUAAUCCUCUGUCAGGGUUCUUUUACUUACCUUCUUCUCUGCUCAAAUUAACUGUUAGCCAAGCUGAUCUGACUGGUAAAGAAUGUGACAAUGGUAUCAGGUUCUUACCACAUUUUUCCAAUGAGAGUUUACCUUACAUCACUAAUGUAGCUUGGACUUACGGAUGCAUUGUUGCUGUACGUCGUCACACAUUUGCCAACCUUGACAACUUUUAUCAAUUAGAUCUCAAGUUUAACAACAUAGCGACACUGGAGAAUGAAGCCUUCUCUAAUUUACCAAGGUUACAUAAACUGAAAUUGUAUUCCAAUCAUCUUGUCGAAAUUCGUUCAGCAAUGUUUCGUGGUACUGACAACCUCAAAAGCUUAGAUCUUCAAUACAAUCGGAUUGAAAGACUUGACACCAAUUUCUUACAACUUCCGAGUCUCUUUGAUUUGUCUCUUACUCAUAACAACAUUUCGUCUAUUGACAAGGAUGCCUUUAAAAGUCUUGGAAACUUGCAAUAUCUUUAUUUAGGGGAUAAUCCAUUGUUUCAAAUUGGCGCUGGAGCGUUUCAUCGGUUGCCAUUUUUGACUGGAAUAUUCAUGAAUAAGGUCAAUGUGACUACACUUUCAAGGGAUAUUUUGCCCAACUCAACGUUCUUGGAACAAGUGUUUCUGUUUGAUAGUAAUGUACAAUUUGUAGAAGAAGGAGCAUUUGACGGUUUUGGAAAUGUCAAAUAUCUAUAUAUGCAACAGAAUUCAAUCUAUGAUCUUCCGUCUGGUAUCUUUGAUGCUCUUAGAUCAGAGCAUCUUCACUUGUUGGUGUUAAACUGCGAUGUUAGCAGACUGCCCGCUAUCAGCUCUACUCUCAGUAACCGAACGCAAUGUGCAUCUUCUUCUAAAAUCGUGAACAUUCCCGCUUGGUAUGAUGGAACUGUAGACAUAUCAACCAUGCUGCAAGACUCUGCAUACAAUUGCAGCAAAACGAGUGAAGAUGAGGACCAGCAUAGCAAGUAUAUCUGCUCGCCUUGUCCUCCCGGCUACUACGGAAGAACGUUCACAGCAACAGGAAAUGAGUACCGUCAUCGACCGGUUUGUAAUCGUUGCCCUGCAGGUGGUUUUUAUCAAGACGAAGUGGCUCAAUACACGUGUAAAGUCUGCGUGGAGGGAACGUUUGUAAGUCCCAAUAUUUUGGGAAACUCGAGCAGAUCAUGUAAAGUGUUCCCAACCGGCACCGACACGACACGACUUGCGGGCUAUCGAGCCGGUCCGUGUCUUAAGAACUACUUUAGAUUGCAGAGGUUUGGUGCAUGCUACCCUUGUAAGUCUCCAGGAGCCAAAUGUACGAACGAGGUGUUGACUCUGACAAAAGGAUACUGGUGGACAAUGGAAGAUGACCUUCGACUUUCUUAUCGAAACUUUGCUAGCAAUAUCUUCGUUCACGACGACAGUUACGAUAGAUCGACGGUAAACUACAGUAAAUCCUAUUUGCCUACCAUUCACAAGUGCCGUUAUUCGGACGCUUGUCCAGGUCAAGACAACAAUCCAAAGAAGAACGUUUGCUCGAAGGGUUCGUACGGGCCUCUGUGCGAGUUGUGCGAGAAGGGAUACUUUCUGAGUGAUAGCGGCUGUUCUCCGUGUCCUCCGACGUGGCGGGUUGGUUUGCAGUUGACGGGAUUUGUCGUUGUUGUGCUGUUUCUUGUCGUAUUCUUGAGUUGGAAACAGAGUAAAAUAGAGCAAAACGUGCAAACGGGCACUUGGCUCGAUCAUUUUGUUUCAUCGCUUCGAAUUGGCAUCGGAUUUAUUCAAGUCAUGAAUGGCAUCACUCUGGCUCUAGUGUUUGUCCCUUGGCCGUCGGGUAUAAAGGUGGUCGGUCGCUACCUGAGAGCUAUCGAAUUUAAUGUAAUAUCAGUCGUCAACUCGGUUUGUCUCGGAGGUAGUUUGAAGCAUUUUGACCAUCUCGAUAAGACUCUAGUGUUUUUCGGUAGCGUCACGGGCAUCGUCUUGAUGUUGGUCGCUAUCUACUGGAUAUGGAAAGUUUAUAUGAAAUGUCGUAGAAUGAUGAUCGACGACGUGCUUCACGAAACGGCUCUUAAAUUUUGUCUAACGGGAAUGUUGUGGACAUUCUUUGCUUGCUAUCCAUCUCUAUCUCAGUAUAUCAUUGCUACGGUACCUUACCGAGAGUUCUCGUGCAUCGCCCUCGACUGUACGAAUGAAAAUGGUACGACAGAUACGACUGGAAGAGACGACAACCUAACGUGUCAAUGGUAUCUUAAAGCUGAUGUUUCUUUGCGCUGCAACGAGUCCAGCUUUUCUAGUCCUCUAUGGCGAGCUUGCAACUGUCUUCUCAUCGUCGUCUUCGGUUUACCUUUACUGCUUCUUGUUUUGCUGUAUUUGAAACAUCGCAAUGAUUGUCAUCGUGUACGAGUUAACAGCGCUCUAUUACGAGCUCUCUACUCGUCGCUGUCUUUCUUGGACGACAGCUACGAGUCGAACUAUUGGUACUGGGAUGUGGUGGAAAUGGUACGCAAACUGGUGCUCACUUCAGGUCUGCAGUUCUUCGGAACAGGAAGCACGACGCAACUGGCCGUCGCUUCUAUUAUUGCUUCAGCGUUUGCUCUUUUACAUGCUCAGUUUAAGCCAAUAAAGUCUAAGCGCAAGUGGCAGCACUAUUUGCAACUGUUAUCUUUGUCGGUCAUCUCUCUCAAUAUAAUGUUUGGCGUGUUGCAACUGGUGGAUGUAGGUGAAGAAGGGAAUCUCGAUGAAGAAGCGAUGAAAUCCGGGAUUGUUAACAGAACGCUAUUUAGUGUGCUGUUCUACUCGGUCAAUGGCUUAUUCGUCUUCGUAUGUGUCGUCAAUCUAUGUAAGAGUGUGUGGUCGGCAUGUGAUAAAUGGUGCUGCUAUGGGUUACGCUUCUCGUCGUGUUGUAAUUGUCGACGGAGCAAUAGGGAAAGACAGCCUAUUCUUAGUGCUGAAGUCACGUCAUGUGACGAAGAGACAGAAGAUUAGUACUUCAGACUAGUUGCAGUGUAUUUCAAUGGCUGCAAGAUGCAAACGAUCAGCGUUUCUAUAUAGACGAGCACAGAUAUUAAUCUGAAUAUAUACACGUGUUAUCAUCGUUGUUUUACUCUAGUACAUGUCAAGUAAUGUCAUAUCUGUCACUUUCUGGUUAUAUGAAAAUAUAGAUACUACAGUACUGCAGAA